AGUCCGUGUUGAUGCUACGCAGCAGAUGAAAGGGGUGCAGCAGAUAUAGCGGGGUUACGGUCCUACAGAGACACGAGCGCACGGCGCAUCGCUCGGCAGCCUUCAGGCACAACAGACAACAAGUUGUGACACUCCUUCCACUGCGAUAAGGAUAUCAGCCCUUCCAGGAAAUCUCCUCCUUAACUUUGCAAUCAUUAACGUUCUCCUCUUUGGGAUAAUUCCAACAAGGAAAUGCAAGCCUGAAAAACUCAACAGUGCGCACACACCAGAAUAUAGAAGAACUGUGAGAAACGACGUCCCUCUAAAGUGAAAUGCAAAAGAGCUGAUGAUGGGGAUCACAGCAUUGAGUGCACUGCUCUGGCUUCUUGGUGCAUUUACUCUUACAAAACAAGAUUUGGUUCGAUUGAAUGUGAGUCCUGUUGUAAUGGCAGAGUGCGGCAAACAGGUCGCCUUAAACUGCAGCGUGUCUUCACUUCGAGAUGGACUGUCAAUCAAACGGAUGGCAUGGAUCCAAAACAAUAGGUCUUUGUGCACCAUCAACAAUGAAGAAACAAUCACUCUGCAUCACAAGAGCACGCAGAGUAACUUCCGUUGUGAUUAUAAGAACGGACACUUGUCCCUCGUCUUUGAAAACGUGCAGCCGCAAGAGACUGGAGAGUCGGUCGUCUACAUGUGCAAGCUGCACUCCAACCAUGAACUGAAACACGCGUACUCAACACUGGACUUGCAAGAAUGCUGCAUUAACACCGAAGGCUGGGUGACAUCCGAUGGCGCUGCCUGUACCUUCACAAAGGUCUACCCAGAUGGAGAUGUGCACUGGUUCCUCGGCUCGCACAAAAUCUCAGGCAGAUUGCUGAGGAGUAACACAACGAAACGUGUUGAGGAAGGAGGAUGGCUUACAAUCCACAGUUUUCUGAAGAUGAAAGAUUCACAUGUGUCUUACAACUGUUCCUUGUGGAGCCCCACAUCUCGCCAAUACAUCUCAAGCAUACUGCUUCACAGUCCCGAACGCCGGGUCAAGAGUGGUGUUGGACCCCACCUACCUAUGUGGAUUGUUCUGUUUGUUUCAAUCCUUCUUCUUGUCAUCAUGAACUGAUGUGUUAGACAAAGUAAAAUGGACAGCGAUAACACCAGAGUGCCAAGCAUGAUGCGCACUGAUGAGGAACAAUUGGAAAAAAGUGCGCUUCUGAAGAACUAGAGCAGCAGCACAAUCAGUUGUGAGUCAUCUUAUAUGGUUGAAAGGUUCAUUGUUCUUCUUUACAGCUUGGCUCAGGCAAACAAGGAAAUUGCAGACUGCUGAAAGAUAACAAGCCAGCUAAUAAUCCUACAUGGUAUCAAAUACUUUGCUGUAUGCUGCUCAGUAACAGAUGAAUGAACAAAGCAUAUUUGUUUCAUUAUGCUUCAUAUCUGAAACACAUUCAUACAAGUAACUGCAGAUUAUUUUCAGGAAUAUUCAUUUUUGAGAACGGUUGAUGGGAACAUAUGACAACAGAUGUGCCGACCUCACUGUGUGAUCACUGUAUGCACGCACACACUCCACGCUUCAAUUAAAAUCUGAUGUUUUCCA